UUGCGCCCAGCAAGCAGUCACUCAGUGCAACAGAACUUGUGAGCAUCGAUUGGAAUAAUAAAAAGAGGGAGAGGAAGAACGAGAGCGAGAACAAAAUUCUACAAUUUUUGACGUGAGCCGCAAGGAGAGAACGACGGGAUAAACAAUCACAGAAGGACAUCCUGUUUUAACUAAAGUCUUUUUUUCAGUCUUCUGUUUUUAAGCUUUGACUUGAGAAUAAGCGAUGAUGCUGUGCGGCAUCUUCCUGCUGCUGAUGCUUUGGAGUUGUGAGGGUGGAAUACUGGCAGAGACUCGUGAUGACAACAGUGUUUACGAUUUAUUCGAUCUGGUGCGGGUGGACAAGAGGCACAAUGGGGUGACUUUGGUCAAAGGGGUUGACCCCUACAGCCCGGCGUACAAGGUUCUGAAUGCAGACCUGAUCCCCCCGGUCCCCGACAGCUCCUUCGGGGACCUUAUCGACUCCAUCCAGUCUGAGAGGGGUUUCAUCCUCCUGGCCAACCUGAAGCAGUCCAGGAGGAACAGAGGAAGCCUCCUCACCAUCGAGAAGAAAGACGGCUCCGGUCCCGUGUUGGAGAUCAUCUCCAACGGCAAGGCCAACACUUUGGAUGUCUUCUACUCCACCGGCACCCACCAGCAGCUCGUGUCCAUCGAGGAGGCUCAGUUAGCGACGGGACACUGGAAGAAAAUCACGCUCUUCUUCCAAGACGACCGCGUGCAACUCUUUGUGGGCUGCGAGGAAAUCAACGUGUCCGAGAUGGACGAGACCAUCCAGAAAGUGUUGUCCCAGGAGAUGGCGGACAUGGUCAGGCUCAGGAUUGGGAAGGGUGCAACAAGGGACAAAUUUAUGGGAGUGCUUCAGAAUGUGAGAUUUGUAUUUGGGACGUCCAUGGAGACCGUCCUGAGAAAUAAAGGAUGCCAAAGUGGAGCUGCCUUGACUGACGUCCUGACUCUGGACAAUCCAGUGAACGGCUCCAGCCCUGCCAUUAGGACUGACUACACCGGCCACAAAACUAAAGGUCUACAGUCGUUCUGCGGCCUCUCCUGCGAGGACAUGGCAGGCCUGUUCAACGAACUGCGAGGACUCGGCGUAGUGGUGAAGCGCGUGACCGACGAGCUGCGUAAAGUGACUGAGGUCAGCAACGAGAUUCAAGCGCAAAUCAAGAACCGCAGCACCGUUUGCAUCCACAACGGAGUUGUGCACAAAGACCAAGACGAGUGGACCGUGGACGACUGCACCGAGUGUACCUGCCAGAACUCUGCCACUGUGUGUCGAAAAAUCUCCUGCCCUCUGAUUCCCUGCACCAAUGGCACCGUACCAGAGGGAGAGUGCUGCCCCCGAUGUGGAAAUCCAAAUGACUCUGCAGAGGACGACUGGUCCCCCUGGUCUCAGUGGACCCGCUGUUCGGUGACUUGCGGUCGGGGCAUCCAGCAGCGUGGACGUUCUUGCGAUCGCAUCAACAGCAACUGUGAGGGCACCUCAGUCCAAACACGGGACUGCUUCCCCCAAGAAUGUGACAAACGCUUUAAACAAGACGGAGGUUGGAGCCAUUGGUCUCCCUGGUCUUCAUGCUCUGUGACCUGUGGGGACGGGGUCAUCACUCGCAUACGCCUCUGCAACUCGCCGACACCCCAGAUGGGCGGAAUGGAAUGCCAGGGAGAGGGACGGCAAACUGAAAUCUGCCAAAAGUCGCCUUGUCCCAUCGAUGGAGGUUGGGGCCCUUGGUCACCAUGGGACACGUGCACUGUUACGUGUAAUGGAGGCAUCCAGACCCGUAAACGUCUCUGUUCUGAUCCUGUUCCAAAAUACGGUGGAAAGGACUGUGUUGGUGACAGCACCAUGUCUCAAGUGUGUAACAAGCAGGACUGUCCCAUCGACGGUUGCCUCUCCAACCCGUGCUUCUCUGGUUCAAAGUGUAUCAGCUUCCCUGAUGGCUCGUUCAAGUGUGGCAGGUGUCCGCUGGGCUACAAGGGAAACGGCAUCAUCUGCAAAGACAUUGAUGAGUGCAAGGAGGUCCCCGAUGCUUGCCAUACACACAAUGGAGUCCAUCGCUGCGAGAACACGGAGCCCGGUUACAAUUGCCAGCCGUGCCCUGCUCGUUACUCUGGUCCUCAGCCCUUCGGAAGGGGAGUGGAGCAGGCGACUGCGAAAAAACAGGUUUGCAAACCACGUAACCCAUGCCAAGAUGGUAGCCACAACUGCAACAAAAACGCCAACUGCAUUUACUUGGGCGUCUUCUCCGAGUCCAUGUUCCGCUGUGAGUGCAAGCCGGGGUAUGCCGGCAAUGGCCACAUCUGUGGCGAGGAUACUGAUCUGGAUGGUUGGCCCAACUCUGACCUGUUGUGUGUGGCGAAUGCGACCUACCAUUGCAAGAAGGAUAACUGCCCCAACCUUCCAAAUUCUGGUCAGGAAGAUCACGACAAGGAUGGCCGUGGUGAUGAAUGCGACCACGAUGAUGACAAUGAUGGUAUCCCUGAUGACAGGGACAACUGCCCAAGAGUCUACAACCCCGCCCAGUACGAUGCAGACAGGGAUGAUGUUGGUGACAGCUGUGACAACUGCAUUUUCGAGUCAAACACUGACCAGACUGACACUGACAAUAAUGGGGAGGGGGAUGCCUGCGCUGUGGACAUUGACGGUGAUGGUGUUCUGAAUGAGAAUGACAAUUGCCCAUAUGUUUACAACGUGGAUCAGAGGGACACAGACCGGGACGGGGUGGGAGACCACUGCGAUAACUGCCCUCUCGAGCAUAACCCCGAUCAGACUGACUCAGACUCGGAUCUUGUGGGAGACAAGUGUGACAACAACCAGGACAUUGAUGAGGAUGGCCACCAGAACAAUUUGGACAACUGUCCUUACAUAGCAAAUGCCAACCAGGCAGACCACGACAAGGACGGAAAGGGUGACGCCUGCGACCACGAUGAUGACAACGACGGCAUUCCUGAUGACAAGGACAAUUGCCGGCUGGCCUUUAACCCCGAUCAACUGGACACUGAUGGUGACGGCCGAGGCGACGUGUGCAAAGAUGAUUUCGACCAAGACAACGUCCUAGAUAUUUAUGAUGUCUGCCCAGAAAACUUUGCCAUUAGCGAAACUGACUUCCGCCGAUUCCAGAUGGUUCCCCUUGAUCCCAAAGGCACCUCCCAGAUUGAUCCCAACUGGGUGGUCAGACAUCAGGGCAAGGAGUUGGUGCAGACUGUCAACUGCGACCCUGGCAUUGCUGUUGGUUUUGAUGAGUUCAGCGCCGUCGACUUCAGUGGAACAUUCUUUGUCAACACAGACCGAGAUGAUGACUACGCUGGUUUUGUGUUUGGCUACCAGUCAAGUUCUCGAUUCUACACAGUCAUGUGGAAGCAGAUCACGCAGACCUACUGGUCUCACACUCCCACGAGGGCUCAAGGGUACUCAGGUCUGUCCAUCAAAGUGGUCAACUCCACCACCGGCCCUGGUGAGCACCUGAGGAACGCACUGUGGCACACUGGAGACACACCAGGACAGGUUCGUACUUUGUGGCACGACCCCAAGAACAUUGGCUGGAAGGACUUCACCGCCUACAGAUGGCACCUGAUCCAUAGACCAAAGAGUGGACUUAUCAGAGUGGUGAUGUACGAGGGCAAGAGAAUCAUGGCCGACUCUGGAAACAUUUACGACAAAACCUACGCUGGGGGACGACUAGGGUUGUACGUCUUCUCUCAGGAGAUGGUUUACUUCUCUGACCUGAAAUAUGAAUGUAGAGAUGCAUAAUCCAAUUCAUAAGACACAUCCUGACAGAAGGACGUCUAUCAACUUGAUGAUACAAUCUAAGCAACGUUGGAGGAAUGAUGAGCAAAAGCAGUAGCGUGAGGUAACGUGACCUCAGGACUCAAAACCCAAAUGAAAGAUCAAUGAUACUUCUGCACCAAAAUUCAUAUUGCGAGCGCAGCUCUGCUCAGAAGAAUUUGGCCCCUUCCUUUUCAGCCAUAAAGGCGGUGGUAGGGGAGGGGAUGGAAACCACAUGUAUUGCUUUGCACACCUGAACUUUGCCGGUAUCCCUCUGGAAAGGAAGGAGGAUUCUUGUUUUCAUUUAUUUUCAUCCUCGAGCAUUAAUCUACAUCUGCUGUGGACUCUUAGAUAUUUGUUUUGAAGAAAGCAGUAGGAGAACUUUCUUUGACUGGGGGACUAUUCCUCCUUGAAGGAGCCAAUGAGGGACCGCGGACAGUUUAGAAUGACUGAAAUGAUCUACGAUUGUAGGUGUGGUUUGAAUGAAUGUGCACGUGUAUUAGCUUCUAAAAAGUAUGACCAAAAACAAAAGGGCUAUUUUUUUUUUUUAACCGCCAUUCUGCUCAGUCACCUCUCCAAACCUUAUUAUAGGUCUUCUACAUAGGGUUGGCCAAACGGUAGAACUUCUCAGGUUAAGAGCACAAAAAGGAGAGCACAGGGCCCAAAGCAAGUAUAUCUUGUAAUGCUUUGGAACAAUGAUUUUUGGCAAAUAAUAUGUAGUUCAUCUAUGAUAUUUUAUGAAUAUUUGAAGGGACAAAAUAGCAGGGACGGGCAUAAUUAUUGAUUGAUUGUGAAGGGGGGCACGACUGUUCCAUCGUUCAGAAUUAAAUCGAAUGUAGGGUGAUGAAUUGUAGCUUGGCGCAACUGAAGCAAAAUGAAGUGCACUACGUAAUGCAAUCAGCAGAGGCGCUGUUGAGUUUCAGCGAGUUGCUGUCUCAAGGAGUGGAAUGACGCCAUGUAGCAACUCCUUCUUUGCUCAGUAUUGUAACAGGUCAGAAUUUUUCCUUUGAGAUUAUUUAUGUAAAUCCACACUCCAUCAAAUGUCCAUCCCUGGUAACAAAAAAAAAAAAAAAAAAAGGGAGACCCAAAACAAAUACUUGUUUUUUGUUUUGUUUUUUAAACUCUAAUCUUAUUCUACCCAUGAAUAAACAUUAGACCCUGGACCCUGUUUUGUGUGCGCGCAGCUUGCAUGACAGGCGUGCCGGAGCUUGUUUGUAUAUUUUUGAACAAGAAAACACAAAAGGAUGUCCUUUGAGUACAAAUAUUACCUCAUGAUUUUUGUAUUGAGGCCAGCAAGAGACAAAAACAUCACUUUUCCUAGAACAAAUUUAAUGGCUUCAACUUUUUUUUUUUUCUAUCAGUCAUGUGCUGUAUAUAAAAUAUUUUUCUAGGGGAGGAAAAAAAGAAGCCCAAGCAGAAAAAAAAUUAAGGAAAUGUUGUCUUGAUGAUGUUGUCCUAAGUGUAUUUUCCAGUGCCUUUGUUUUGAUAAAUUAUUAUGAUAUUGAAGUUAUGUCAUUUGUGUAGAUAUAUGCUAUUUAAAUAAUUUAUCUCGGAGCGUAGCCUUGUGGAAACGCUCGUCUGUAUAAAAUCAUUUGCACACUGAUACGAGGAUGCCUUUUUAUUUUGAUGAUGCUUUUCCAUAAACAUUUGUACUAUAGUUUUUACCGAGAGCCGUGCUGUUUAUACUCCUACUGUUAUUUUAUGAUGUCAAGAGAAAAAUAAACGGUUCCAGGAAGAAGUACCUCUCA